AUGAAACCACCCUUACCAUUUCAUUUUCAGGUCUUUGGUUUGUAUGAUUCAUUGACAUGGUCGAAACCGUCUCCUACUGAUACAUGGGAUUCUAUACUCCCCCGCAACAACUUUGGAUCCGCCUUCGCCUCUGGUUCCUCCGUCUCCGUCGUCGACUCUAGCUCUCUCCCCAGCUCGUUUCCACUAUCCCUCUCCCUCCUCCUCCCGGUGCCCUCUCCCCUUCGUCACUUCCGUCCGCUGGAUCCCUCUCCCCCGCGAUCUGCUCUCCACCGAGACCUCCGCCUCCCACCUUCUCCUCUCGCCGUUGCGAACCGCCACGUUUGCGUCACCGCCCUCGGGAGAUGUAACGUCGGUGGGAGUGGGAGGUUUCAGCAUCGGCGAAUUUUUCGAGCAGCUGUUCAACGCGGCGGAGCUAAUCGGAACCAACGGAAACAUUCACGGCCUCUCACAUCGCCGAAGCUCUCCUCUCACUCAUCCACCCAAAAUUCUAUUCCUUACAAUCUUCUACAAUUUAUCAGGGCAGUUGGUUCGUUUCUCGAAUUCACAAACAAUGGUGAGGAUGUGGUAUCUCUAGCGAAAGCGGAGGGAGACGAAGCGUCGAUUAAGUAA